CCCCGGUGCAGCGCCAGGCCUGGGAACAGCAGCUCCCAUUGUGCCCGCAGACACAGGCCCCGCUUCGUGCCCAGCCGGCGGUGGCAUGGGCUCGGCGCACGCUGGGGGAGAGGGGAACGGGCAGGGGAAAGCCCGGUCCAGCCCUGGCGUCGUGCACGGCAUCCAGCGCGGUGCCCCCAGGGCUGAGCUUGGCCCAUGGCGCCUGCCAAGAGGAACACAAGACGCCCACACAGGCUUGUUUUUCCAACCAUUUCUGCUUCCUCCCAAAGAGGUUUCUUUCUUUCUUUCUCCCUGAAAGAGGCCUGCCAGCCAGCGCCGCGGAUUGUCCUCUCCUGCCGCUGCGCCGCUUCAUUGGCCGGCCGCUUCCUUUUGUCCUGUGGCAAAAUCCACGUCCCCCCGCGGGAGGUGCAGCGGGAGGAAGGGAAGCCCCGGCCAAACGAGCCCGUGCAAGGGACGCUGCGGACGAGGAGGCCCCUGCGGGGAGCCGGGUCUCCACCUCUGCCGAAGCCGAUGGGGAAACGGCCCUGGGAAGAAACCGUGGGAGCAAAUCCCGCGGUAGCGCGGCAUCGGGGCACGCCGCAGGCCUGGGACCGCGUCGUGUGCAUUGAGGCCACAGCUUGCGCUGGCAGUCCCAAGGCUGCUGGGCAAUGGGACCCAAAUGCUGGAGACUUCUGCACCGCGUGUGUCCAGGGAGGAGGCAGCCUGAGCAUGAAAUGGCUCCCCGAGGAUGCCCCUUCCAGCAGGGACCGCAUGGCCCUUUUCCAGUCCUCCGGGACCUGCCCCGAGCGCCACGAGUGCUCGAACAGCCGUGCCCGCAGCUCUGCUACGACCCCGGCCAAUUCCUUCAGUGCCCUUGGAUGCAGCUCGCCCGGGCCUGCCGACGCGAACACGUCCUGUCCGUCCACGUGA